AUGUCCACAAUCGUGAACCAACUCCAUUUCGGAUCCGGAGAUACUUCCUUACAACCAAAUGGUUAUCCAACUAGGAAACAUAGAUUAUUUGCUUUCGAUGAUUUGUUAAAUGAUAAAAAGUUACCUGAUUUGAACAAACAUCAAAAUCUACCAUUAAAUAAUGAAAAAAGAUCAAAUACUGCUCCUGCUUCUCCAUAUGGAAACUAUUAUCAUGCUUCUUCAUAUUCAAUCAAUGUUAAUUUGGUACAGCCUUCAAAACGUGUAGCUUUGCCAUCUCUAAGACAUUUGCAAUUAUUGCCAGAUCCAAGAAUACAGGAAUACGCAUAUCAGUAUCCUGAUACUUCAGAAGUUACUGCAAGUUGGAAAAAAAAUCUAAUUCAUUGGUGUAAGGAAAAAAAUUACAAUGAUUAUAUUAAAAUAGUAAAUGAAACAUCUUAUGAUAGAUUUUCAUCUUUACAAAAAAUCCCAAGUGUCUUAAAACCAUUAGAUGCAUUUCAAAAUUUAUCAGACUCAACCAAUACUUUAAAUCCAAUUCCACCCCCAAUGACUCCACCAAUGACUCCAGAACAUAAUAACGCAAAUAAAACCAUUACUUCUUCGACUAUAGAGAUUAAUAAUAUGUUCACACCAGUGAUAAGUCCAAAAUUGGUAGAAAUGGUAAAAACAAAAAAUAAUCAAAGUAACAAUUCAAAUGGUCAUAAAAAGACAAAUAGCUUUAAAGCUAUGCAGCUGAAAAAAAUGUUAGACAAUAGAGAUAUAUUAAAUUACGCUCCUGCAACCAUAACUAAGACAUCUGUCUCUUCUUCGCCAAAAAGAAUCGUAAAGACAGGUGCUCAUAGAACGCAAUCAAAUAUAUCCAACGCUAAUUCAUCUUCUACUAGUACAUUCAGGGCCAGAUCCAGAUCUACAUCUCCAGUUUCGAAAUCCAGGGUCAACAAUUCCCCAACAAGGUCUCAUAUUUUGAAAUUAACCAAUCUAGUUGAUACUGAAACACCUGCUCCAAGAUCUAUUUCUCCUGUAUGUUCCACACCUUCUACCCCCCAGCAGAAUAUGAAGUACCAUAAAUUUAAUAUUGAUUCACCUCCAAGAACUCCAGCUACAUCGUUAUCUAGUCCAACUACGAAGCCAACAACUUACACUCGAAAAUCGAUAACACCUAGGAGAAAAUCUAAUGGCAGCAAUCCACAGACUCUAAACAUUAGAAAAUGUGUAUCUUGCCAAUCUAGUGAUUCUCCAUGCUGGAGACCAUCCUGGUCAGGUAAAAAACAUGAACAAUUAUGUAACUCUUGUGGUUUACGAUACAAAAAGACACGAACAAGAUGCUUAAAUGAUUCAUGUAAAAAGAUUCCAACCAAGAGUGAAUUAACUAUUAUGAAAUCUAAUGGUAUGAAGACAGGAACUUUGCCAAACAGUAUUUCGAUAGAAGGCUAUACAUGUUUAUUCUGUAAUUCCAUAACGGAAACGUUAUCUACACAAGCAUCACCAAUGAAGACAUCCAUGUCAUCACCAAUUAGAGGCAGUAAUAGCAGUAACAGUACUAGCAACCAUAACAAUAACGAUAUAGUGUCAAUGACUCAAGAAAUGAUUUCUACUAAUUUGCAAAAUACAUUAGCCAUGACUCCGACGUCUGCAUCAACGAUGGCACCAACAGCAAGUUUAGUAACACCAUUAGUUUCAUCAGAUUCUGAAACCACUCCAGUACCAUCGUCUCCAAUUCAAUCUCACGAACUAUAA